AUGGCUACGAUGACUGCGACGACAGCAACAGAAGCAGAGGGCCUCCCGCCCAGCCGGUAUCUCUGCUUGACCAUUUUGGGCUAUCGCAAGCCGGGUAUGAGCGAGGAGGCCUACCGUCGGCAUAUGAUCCAGGUCUCGGCGCCCCUGACAAAAGACCUGAUGGUCAAAUACGGAGUCAAACGGUGGACGGUGAUCCACAAUCCGACGCAGACUCGCCUCUUGAUGAACCGGAUCUAUGAUCGCCAGAUGGCCAACAUCGCCGACUACGAUUGUUUCAGCCAGGUGGUGUUCGAGAGCGUGGAACACUACAAGAAGAUGAAGGAGGAUCCGUACUACAAGGAGCAUCUUUUUGGGGAUCAUGAGAACUUUGCGGAUACGCGGCGGAGCCAGUAG